UUUGCCUUUGGAGAGGAAAGCUCUUUCUGGCCUCUAGCCACAACAGGUUUGAAGGUCCUACAUUCAGAUUAAGCGGAGCUUCUUCCCAACAGUGACGUUUGUUGGAUCCCCAGAAACUGUAAGAUGCCUCUGUCCCGUUCGCUUUCCAUGACAUCCCUGACCGGGGUGCUGCCGGCCUGGGAGGAGGACGAGCUGCCUGUGGAGGACCUGCUGCUCUUCGAAGUAUCCUGGGAGGUCACCAACAAAGUUGGGGGAAUCUACACAGUCAUCCAGACCAAGGCUAAGAUCACUGUGGAUGAAUGGGGAGACAACUACUACAUGAUGGGGCCGUACUUCGAGCACAACUUCAAGACUCAAGUGGAGAGCUGUGAGCCACCAAAUCCUGCCAUCAGGAAGGCCAUGGAUGCCCUCAUCCACAACGGCUGCCAGGUUCAUUUUGGUCGCUGGCUGAUUGAGGGCAGCCCCUAUGUAAUCCUGUUUGACAUAGGCUCAGCAGCCUGGAACCUGGACCGCUGGAAAGGGGACCUUUGGGACACCUGCAACAUUGGUCUGCCCUACCAUGACCGAGAAGCCAAUGACUCGCUCAUUUUGGGCUCCCUUAUUGCAUGGUUCUUCAAAGAGUUGACAGACCACCUUGGAGACAAACCUAAUGUCAUCAGUCACUUCCAUGAAUGGCAGGCAGGUCCUGGACUUAUUCUCUCUCGCUCACGCAAAAUUCCCAUGGCGACAGUAUUCACAACACAUGCCACCCUGCUGGGAAGAUACCUUUGUGCUGGGAACACUGACUUUUACAACAACCUGGACAAGUUUAACAUUGACAAGGAGGCUGGUGAGAGGCAGAUCUACCACCGAUACUGCUUAGAGAGAGCAGCAGUUCACUGUGCUCACGUCUUCACGACAGUCUCUCAGAUCACUGCUGUGGAGGCCAACCACAUGCUGCACAGGAAACCAGAUGUGGUCACCCCAAAUGGGCUGAAUGUGAAGAAGUUCUCAGCCAUGCACGAGUUUCAAAACCUGCACUCCACCAACAAGGCCCAAAUCCAGGAGUUUAUCAGGGGACACUUCUAUGGUCACCUGGACUUCAACUUGGAUAAAACCCUCAUCUUCUUCAUUGCUGGGCGCUAUGAGUUCUCAAACAAGGGAGCAGAUAUUUUCAUUGAAUCGCUGUCCAGACUGAACUACCUGCUGCGGGUCCACCGAAACGAUGUGACGGUCGUAGUUUUCUUCAUCAUGCCAGCGAAAACUAACAACUUCAAUGUGGAGUCACUGAAGGGGCAGGCAGUACGUAAACAGCUUUGGGAUACAGCUCAUGCUGUUAAGGAGAAAUUUGGUAAAAAGCUGUAUGAUGCUCUGUUAAAAGGGCAGAGCCCUGAUCUCAACAACAUUUUGGACCGAGAUGACUUCACCAUUAUGAAGAGAGCCAUCUACGCCACACAGAGGCACAGCCUCCCUCCAGUAACCACUCACAACAUGCUGGACGACUCAGCAGAUCCCAUCCUGUCCAACAUCAGACGUGUUGGCCUCUUCAACUCCAGGAACGACCGUGUCAAGGUUGUUUUCCACCCAGAGUUCCUGUCCUCGACUAGUCCUCUGCUGCCAAUGGACUACGAGGAUUUUGUCCGUGGUUGUAACCUUGGAGUGUUCCCUUCCUACUAUGAACCAUGGGGCUACACACCUGGUGAGUGUACUGUAAUGGGCAUUCCUAGUGUGACCACCAAUUUGUCAGGUUUUGGUUGCUUCAUGGAGGAGCACGUCUCGGACCCUGCUGCAUAUGGUAUCUAUAUAGUGGACCGACGCUUCCGUUCUGCUGAGGAGUCCUGCAACCAGCUAACUCAGUUCAUGUUCAGUUUCUGCCAGCAGUCUCGGCGGCAGCGUAUCGUCCAGCGCAACCGAACUGAGAGGCUGUCUGACCUUCUGGACUGGAGAUACCUCGGACGGGUCGGUUUCUGAUUCUGAAGCCCUGAAUAGUUAUUUGGUUCAAGUCAGAACAGGACACGAUCAGAGAAAACGGGAGUCUACUACUGAACUAUAUUCUGGUUCAACCAACAGAUAAUCGGAUUUUAUUACUGCUUUUGCGGUUUACCAGAUACAGGUAUACAACAGUGAACCGCAAGCCGCCAACUUUGGUUGUGCUAGGCUAUUCCACUUACACAAGUCAAAUAUAGGGCUACCAUGCUGUGGUUUCUGUGAACUGUGGUACAAUGAUUUUCCAUUCUUCUUUUAUACUGUGCCAUGUAUUGAUCUCCUAUAUAGUUCACCCUCUCCUUUAACAGGAUAACUUGGCAUACAAGAUUUCAUAAUUGGUCCACAGUGUUGGG